CAGAGAGAGAACACAGAAGAUCUCCUCCACAGAUUACCCAUGCUGACAAACACACAUAUUCACCUCUGCGGACGUUAAACUCUGCAGCUCUGACACGAUGGAUUUUUUAGACAGUGGCUACCUGGACGCGCGCUCUCCGUAUGAUAACACCUUCAAUUUCUGGAACGACUACCUCGGUCUGUCGACACUCGUGGCCAAAAAUAAGCUCCCGUCCUUCAGACCCAACUCUAUUACCGAGUCUCUUAAAGCGACGCUGGGCUUGGAGGAUGAUUCCCCGGUGUGCUCCUGCGUAAUUGGGCACGGCAGGGACGGUGAUGGACACUCGGAGUGCUGCUGCGCGGCCCCGAGCUCCCCGCCGAUCUCCAUCUACGAUCUGAAGGAGCGCAUCUCGCUGCUCAGGCCCUACGAGCAGCUUUCUGCUGAUUCCCCGCUGGGAGACAGAGAUUCUUCCUCUUACAGAGGGAGCUUCGCCGGCUUAGACCUUCUCUCCAUGGAAAGGAGGCGCAAACAGACUCAGAGGUGCAAGCCAGAGCCGAAAGUGUGCGUCUUCUGUCGGAAUAACGGCGCGCCGGAGGAGGUUUACGGCACCCAUAUUCUGAAGACAGCGGACGGGAGAGUGCUGUGCCCAAUCCUCCGGGCGUACACAUGCCCCCUCUGCAGUGCCAACGGCGACAAUGCGCACACCAUCAAGUACUGCCCGCUGUCCAGAGACCAGACGAGCCAGAGAGUGGCAAAGGGAGGCAGACUGCUGGGGAAACGGCUGAAGAUCUUCUAAGCGAGGAGAUGAAGUUUGAGAGUUUGCACUGUACAUUGUGUGUGGCAGUUGUUUUGCCCCCAUUUCAUGCACAAGACAAGUCUGGAGUAAAAUAAUGAUAGUUUUUUUCUAUGUGUCAAAGCUUCAUUAUGUUUCUCUUGGGCACAGUUUAUAUUUGGAUGCAUUACGCCCAAUAUGUUUCCUCCCCUCCCAGCACUCUUUGGACUUUGUGAUCAAAAAUGAACCAAAGCACUGUACAGAUCGACAUGUGAAUGCCCGCCUUCAUGCUGUAUUCAGAAGUUGCUGUGUUUCUAAAGAAGCACAGUGCCAGAGAAAACUGUCCUGUGCAUGUCAGCAGGCUGCUCUGGGUUUAUGAUUCCAACAUAAAUGAUGAAUAUGCAGCACUCCCGAGAUGAAUGUUCAGUCCCAUAUGGACAUGCAAGAUAUACUUCUUUAUAUCGAGCACAGUUUCUUUCCUGAGAUCAAUGUUUUCUACCAAAGGAAUACACUUUUGUAUUGAAAGGUCAUGUCAUUGUUUAUAUGUUGGAUGUCAUUAUGUGUUUUUAUGUGGAUAGUAUUUUGCAGAUUACAAUUGAAUGUAAAAACAAGUGGAAGGUAGAUUGCUGGUUCACCAACAGUAGCUUGAGUUUACUGUUCAAAAACGAAAUGUUUUUUUUAUGCGGAAAAAUAUUCCUUUAAUUCUUGUAAAUGUUUUUAAAGGGGGUGAACAAUUUGAGCAAUUAGAAACCUGACAUUCCAAAGUCUUUAUCUGUCAAUAGAAAUCUUUUAUGUACUUAUUUUUACCUUAUGUACCAUUGGGAAAUAUAUUCACUGUAAAUGA